CCAUAUCCUCUACUCCCUUAUCCCUAUUCCCAGAGCGCAUCGAGCUUCGAGAACCGUCGCGAUGGUUGCUGUCUGCUGAGAUGGCGCUGUGUUGUCUGCUCGCUCCCGUCGCUUCAUCGCCCCCUUCUCCCACGCAUGGGUGUCCGCGACCCGCGUUGCGACCUUCAUCCUCACCCCCGACUAACCGCCGCAACACCAGCUCUCCAUCAUUGUAGCUUCAUGCAUCGGCCCUGCCCGAGGGCAUCUCUGUUCAGGAAUCGCCUGUAACGGAAUCUCAUCUUUCCACGCGCCUUAACUCCACCUCGCCUCAUGAUGCCAUCACCCGUCACAGCCUCGAGCGCUGACGCUGGCCAGUUGCUCGAAUCCUCACCACGCGCGUCCCCCGUUCUAAACGGCGUCGCCAACGGCGAAGGGGCUGUCCAGCAGCUCGACAACCCAGUCCAUGUUGAUGGACCCGAUAACGCUACCGAUGAUAACGCGACUAUACGGGAGGGAAAGCAAAAAGCGAAGGCUGUCCUAGCGGCAUCAGGAGUGAACCUCGAACCCAGCGCAGGCGAAGCCUCACGACCACGAUCCAACAUGGCUUCACCCGCACCAGCCGAAGGUCUCAAUGGCGCAUCGCCCAGUCGCAAACGUUCGCGCUCUGGCUCUCGGAAACCCUCACACUCCCCUUCAAAAGCCACACCCGAAGAGGACCAGUCCAGCGCCCAUGACCAACUCUUACGAAGAUACAUAACGCGUGAUCUGCUUGGAACCGCCGCGCUGAAUGAUCUAAAUGCCCGCUCCGAUGCGAUCAUCGAUGGUUUACGCGCCGAUUGCCAAUUCUACCGCGACAAAAUCGGCCCUUUGCGCGCAAAGGAUCCCGGUGCGUUCUUCGGAUACGGAUAUAUGGGCUACGGCAACGGAGUAACGAAUCGAAAGGAAGGAGGCCUAUUGGUACAAUAUCCAAUCCAUGCUCGGCGGCCUGGCAGUCGAAGAUCAACCCCAAUGCCUCGACUUGAUAAGAAACAAUUGGCCGCACAAGCUGAGCAGAUUGAAGAACUUGUCCCGCUCAGGCUUGACAUCGAAUUGGACAAGAUCAAAUUGCGAGAUACAUUCACCUGGAACUUACACGACCGUACUACUCACAUUCGUGUAUUUGCCGAAAAUCUUGUUGAAGACUUUCAAUUACCUACCGAGUUACGUUCGCAGCUAAUACAGCAGAUCGAGCGCGAGAUACUAGAACAACUUCAGGACUUUUACCCGCACGCUCACAUCGAAGACGAACCCCUCGACCCCCAUCAGCCUUAUUCCGCAUACAAAGACGACGAAAUGCGCAUAACCAUAACGCUUAACAUUACCAUUGGGCAACAUACAUUGGUGGACAAGUUCGAAUGGGACCUCAACAAUCCACUCAAUUCUCCUGAAGAGUUCGCUAAGCAAAUGGCGUCCGAUCUAUCCCUAUCAGGAGAAUUCACCACUGCGAUCGCCCAUUCCAUUCGCGAGCAAUGCCAGAUGUUCACAAAGAGUUUAUACAUUACUGGCCAUCCAUUUGACGGGAGAUUGGUGGAAGAUUCGGAUAUUAGGGACAAUUUUCUACCAUCUCCAUUGCCCUCCGUCUUCCGGCCCAUGCAAUCAGCGAAGGACUAUCAACCUUACCUCUACGAACUCAGCGAAGUUGAGCUCGAGCGUGCAGAGCUAUCAAUCAUGCGCGAACAGCGCCGACAGAAACGAUCUGUCAACAGACGAGGAGGUCCUGCAUUGCCCGAUCUCAAGGAUAGACAGCGAACAGUCCGCAGUCUGAUCGUAUCCUCUGUCCUACCUGGAGCUGCCGAGGAUAUCGAGACUAGCCAAACCUUCAAGGUCUCCAGGUCGAAGAAACCCGGGAACCGCCCAGGCCGAGGCGCAGAUGAAGAGAGCGAUGAUUCCGAUAGCGACGAUUCCGCACCUGAAUCUCCAGCACCCUCACAGCUCACUGGCGGUACUGCUCGUACACGCGGAAUGCGUGGUGCGGCGAGUGCAGCACAGGUCGCGAUGCGGAAUGCCAUGGGCAGGUCCGCAACGCCUGAAGUCUCUAACAUUCAAGUUGAGCCUCGAGCUUCGUCAAGGGCGCUGCGAUACGAAGCAAGAGAGGAGAGUGUUUCCGAGUCAACCUCCUUGAUCGUAAAGUUGCGUAUCAACUCGAAGAAAUUCCGUGAAUACCUGGCGAACCCGAAAGCUUUUGCAAGAGCAUCCUCAUCGAGCACCCCAAAGAUGGCGUCAACUCCCGCACCAGCAAGGAGUACUCCUGGUGCAAGCUCAAUGCCUCCCCCGCCCUCCCCCGCCUUGCCUGCGCACUCUACUCCAGCAGAACCUGCUACCCCGGCCGAAACUUCACCAAAACCCCCAUCUACACCUACUCCUGCUCCCCAAUCACAACAGCAAUGGAAGUACGAUGCUGACGGACGAGCCGAUGCGCCAUGGCCUGUGGUGCCCGGAACGACACCGGCCCCUCCACCAUCGUGGCUCCAGAAUGCGCUUAGCAAGCUGCGGAAAACAUACCCCAAUGAUAAUUUCGAAUCAACAAUGCGCUACUACAUUGUUAACCCGCAAAGUGGUAGCAAUGUCAAAGUGGACACAUUGAACGCCAAAGAACCUCUACCUGCACAUCUCAAAUCACUAUAUUGCCCCCGCAUCCGCUGCAUCGAUUGUCCGGGCAAAUUAUAUUCAGCUGGACCUGGUUUGACGGCCGACAAUUUCGAGGUUCAUUUGAAGAAUCGACAACAUAGAGCCAGUGUUGACAAGCGCACAAACAAAGCAAGUGCAUCAUAGCCGGUCAGACCGGACUGGACCUUGCUCUCUAGCCCUUGAAAUUUGGAACAGUCCAUCCAUGUUUCCUUGUAAACUACGUAUUGCGUGGCCUAGGAAAAUAAAUAAUACACGGUCACUGGAUUGGUUCACCUGCUUUCAAUGCGUUCGACGUCCGCAACACAAAAGACGCUGCUUCAGCUCAGUACUAAUAUGUACAAAUUAUUUAAGCGCAUUCUGGUAUUCGUUACGGAGCAAGGGAGGAAAGCGUGUUACAACACCGGCGUUUGAUUUGUCCGCUCUCUAAUUUUGGAAACAGGAGAGCCUGCUAGGAUGAAUGGUGUUUGGGUAUUUCCCACUGAGGGAGUUGAUGUGCUUUGAAGAUUACUUGAACCACUGCGAUGGAAGUAUGUUAAAAGAGCAGCAGCACGAUUAUUCCAGUUCAAUUGCA